CUACAGCUCCAGCCCUUCCGCACUUUCGGGGGGCGGGGGCGCGCAGGCGCAGUGGAGGCACUCUGCGGUGUGGGUAGCGGUCGCGUAUCAAGUUGCUCUCUGUCCCGGCAGAAGAAGCCAGGGUGCAGAGGGUCCAGGCUCCAUUUUGCUACCCAUUACAUCAAUUGGAAGAGAAAAGUUUGUGAGUUGGGCCCCCAAGUUUGGGGGGAUCCGGGCUUGCGGCGUGGAGUGACAGAGGAGGCUCGUUGGAGCUUCCCCAUGGAGCCCACCCAGCCUGCAGAGGAUCUCAGCCUGACCCAGCAGCCUUCUACCCCAGAAUUUGGGGACCCCGAAGACCCCAGGGGUGAGGCCCCUGACGGCUCAGACACUGUGGUCCUCAGUCUCUUCCCUUGCACCCCGGAGCCUGGGAAUCCUGAACCAGAUGCUGGUACCUCCUCACCUCAAGCAGGCAGCUCCCUAAAGCACUCCACGACCCUCACCAACCGGCAGCGGGGGAAUGAGGUAUCAGCCCUACCGGCCACCUUGGACUCCCUGUCCAUCCACCAGCUCGCGGCCCAGGGGGAGCUGAGCCAGCUGAAGGAGCAUCUGAGGAAAGCACUGGGGAGAGUGGGCAGGGGUGCAUCCCAGUGGUACCACCCCCUCCUGCCAGGAGACAACCUCAUCAACAAGCCGGACGAGCGAGGCUUCACCCCCCUCAUCUGGGCCUCCGCCUUUGGAGAGAUCGAGACCGUCCGCUUCUUGCUUGAGUGGGGUGCCGACCCCCACAUCCUGGCUAAGGAGCGGGAGAGCGCCCUGUCACUGGCCAGCACAGGUGGCUACACAGACAUUGUGGGGCUGCUGCUGGAGCGUGACGUGGACAUCAACAUCUAUGACUGGAAUGGAGGGACACCACUUCUGUACGCCGUGCGUGGGAACCAUGUGAAGUGCGUGGAGGCCUUGCUGGCCCGAGGAGCUGAUCUCACCACUGAGGCAGACUCUGGCUACACCCCAAUGGACCUCGCCGUGGCCCUGGGAUAUAGGAAAGUGCAACAGGUGAUCGAGAACCACAUCCUUAAACUCUUCCAGAGCAACCUGGUGCCCGCCACCCCUGAGUGAACGCCGUCUGCCAGGGACUCAGACACUCAGGGAACAAAAUGGUCGACCCAGAGCUGGGGGAACCCAGAACUGGCUUCAAAGGCAGCUCCUGGACAGACGGUGGGGGGGGGGGGGCCUUUCCAAGGGGAACCAAUAAACCUUCUGU